AGAAAGAAAAUGAGCCCCCUCACCCCGAGACCUCUGACCAGUCAAUCCUUGGGGAGCUGAUGGUGACUGAUAUAACCCCGGAUUCCCUGCACCUGUCCUGGACUGUGACCCAGGGCCCCUUCGACUCCUUCACGGUCCAGUACAAGGAUGCGCAGGGGCAGCCUCAGGCAGUGCCCAUCAGCGGGGAUGAGAAUGAAGUCACUGUCCCUGGCCUGGAGUCCAACCGGAAGUAUAAGAUGAACCUCUUUGGGCUUCGUGGCAAGCAGCGUGUGGGGCCCGUGUCUGUGGUGGCCAAGACGGCUCCACCAGACAUUCUGGAAGAGACACCCAGUCCCACAGAGGUGGUAGAGACCCCUAGUCUCACAGAACUCAGCACGGAACCCCCCAAGGAGCCACGCCUGGGGGAACUGACAGUGACAGAUGCCACCCCCAACUCUCUAAGCCUCACCUGGACUGUCCCUGAGGGACAGUUUGACCACUUCCUGAUCCAGUACAGGAAUGGGGACGGACAGCCCAAGGUGGUGAGGGUGCCAGGGUAUGAGGAUGAAGUCACCAUUUCGGGCCUGGAGCCAGAACACAAGUACAAGAUGAACCUGUAUGGUUUCCACAAUGGCCAGCGCAUGGGCCCUGUGUCUGCCAUUGGGGUGACAGCUGCAGAAGAGGAGACUCCCAGCCUCACAGAACCCAGCACAGAGGCCCCGGAGACCUCCAACAAGCCACUCCUGGGCGAGCUGACAGUGACAGGAUCCUCCCCAGACUCCCUGAGCCUCUCCUGGACUGUCCCCCAGGGCCACUUUGACUCCUUCACUGUCCAGUACAAGGACAAGGAUGGGCGGCCCCAGGUGGUCCGUGUCAGGGGUGAGGAGAGGGAGGUCACUGUGGGGAACCUGGAGCCUCGGCACAAGUACAAGAUGCACCUGUAUGGGAUCCAUGAGGGGCAGCGAGUGGGUCCCGUGUCCACCGUGGGAAUGACUGAAGAAGAGAGCCCUCCAGCCACCGAGCCCCCACUGGAGCCACGCCUGGGGGAGCUGACAGUGAGGGGUGUGACUCCCAGUUCCGUGAGCCUCUCAUGGACGGUCCCUGAGGGCGAAUUUGACUCCUUCAUGGUUCAGUACAUGGACAGGGAUGGACAGCUCCAGGAGGUGCCUGUGGCUGCAGAUCAGCUUGAAGUCACUGUUUCCAACCUGGAGCCUGCAAGAAAAUACAAGAUGAACUUCUACGGGUUACAUGGCGGGAAGCAUGUGGGCCCCCUCUCUGUGGUAGCCAUGACUGAUCCCCUCCCACCAGCCCCAGCCACUGAAGCUUCCAAGGCCCCACUGGAGCCACCCCCAUUGGAGCCACACCUGGGAGAUCUGACAGUGACAAAUGUGACCCCAGACUCUGUGGGCCUCUCGUGGAUAGUCCGUGAGGGUGAAUUUGACUCCUUCAUGGUUCAGUACAAGGAUAGGGACGGGCAGCCUCAGGUGGUACCAGUGGCAGCAGACCAGCACGAGGUCACUAUCCCUGGCCUGGAGCCCGCCCGCAAGUACAAGUUCCUACUCUUUGGGAUUCAGGAUGGAAAACGACGUAGCCCAGUCUCUGUGGAGGCAAAGACAGCUGCCCCAACUGAUGCCAGUCCAGGGGCCCCACCCCGCCUCGGAGAACUGUGGGUGACAGACCCUACCACAGAUUCCCUGCGCCUCUCCUGGACAGUCCCCGAGGGCCACUUUGACUCUUUCGUAGUCCAGUUCAAGGACAAGAAUGGGCCCCAGGUGGUGCCUGUGGAGGGCAAUGAGCGCUCAGCCACCAUCGCCCCCCUGGACUCUGGCCGCAGAUACAGAUUCCUUCUUUAUGGCCUCCUGGGCAAGAAACGCAUUGGCCCCCUUACUGCAGAUGGCACCACAGAGAACCUGGGUCCUGUGGACCAUCCACCAAAACCCCGACUUGGGGAGGAGCUGCAGGUGACCAGCGUGACCCAAGAUUCUGUGAGCCUCUCGUGGACAGUCCCUGAGGGCCAGUUUGACUCCUUCGCAGUCCAGUACAAGGACAUUGAUGGACAGCCCCAGGUGGUGCCUGUGGAAGGAAGCCUCAGGGAAGUCAGCAUCUCUGGCCUAGUUGCUGCCCGCAGAUAUAAGCUGCUGCUCUAUGGGUUGCACAAUAGCAAGCGUGUGGGUCCCCUCUCUGCCAUUGUCAUGACUGGGGCUCUGCCACACCUGGGAGAGCUGACGGUAGAGGAGACCACACCGCAUAGCCUUCGCCUCUCCUGGAUGGUGACUGAAGGAGAAUUUGACUCCUUCGAGGUCCAGUACACAGAUAGAGAGGGGCAACCCAAAGUGGUCAGCAUAGAAGGCGACCAGAGUGACAUCACCCUCACUGGCCUGGAAUCUGACCACAGAUACCUGGUGACCCUGUAUGGUUUUAAAGAUGGGCAGCGUGUGGGUCCUGCCCAAAUUGAGGCCCUGACAGUACCUUUGGACGAGGAGGAUGAGCCCUCAGAACCACCUACCACAACCCCAGAGCCUCCCCCUAGACCACGCCUGGGGAAGCUGACAGUGACAGAUGCCACCCCUGACUCCCUGAGCCUCUCCUGGACAAUCCCUGAGGGACAGUUUGACCACUUCCUGAUCCAGCACAAGAAUGGGGACGGGCAGCCCAAGGUGGUUCGGGUACCAGGGCACGAGGACCAGGUCACUAUCUCAGGUCUGGAGCCAGGUCAUAAGUACAAGAUGAACCUGUACGGCUUCCACAGUGGCCAGCGCAUGGGUCCUGUGUCUGCCAUUGGAAUGACAGUUACAGAGGAAGAAACCCCCAGCCCCACAGAACCCAGCACAGAGGCUUCAGAGCGCCCAGAGGAGCCACUCCUAGGGGAACUGACAGUGACAGGAUCCUCCCCAGACUCCCUGAGCCUCUCCUGGACUGUCCCCCAGGGUCACUUUGACUCCUUCACUGUCCAGUACAAGGACAGUGAUGGGCAGCCCCAGGUGGUGCAUGUCCGAAGCGAGGAGAGGGAGGCCACUGUAAGGGACCUGGAACCAGGCCGCAAGUACAAGAUGCACCUGUAUGGGAUCCACCAGGGGCAUCGCGUGGGCCCCGUGUCCACCAUGGGAAUGACCGCCCACGAAGAGCAACCCACUGAUGCCCCUCGUCUGAAGCCACGGCUAGGGAAGCUGACUGUGACAGACACCACCCCUGACUCCCUGAGCCUCUCCUGGACAAUCCCCGAAGGACAAUUUGACCACUUCCUGGUCCAGUACAAGAACGGGGACGGGCAGCCCAAGGUGGUGCGGGUGCCAGGGCAUGAGGACCAGGUCACCAUCUCAGGCCUGGAGGCAGACCACAAGUACAAGAUGAACCUGUACGGCUUCCACAGUGGUCAGCGUGUGGGCCCUGAGUCUGCCAUUGGGAUGACAGCUGCAGAGGAAGAGACUCCCAGUCCCACAGAUCCCAGCACAGAGGCCCCGGAGACCUCCAACGAGCCACUCCUGGGCGAGCUGACAGUGACAGGAUCCUCCCCAGACUCCCUGAGCCUCUCCUGGACUGUCCCCCAGGGCCACUUUGACUUCUUCACUGUCCAAUUCAAGGACAGGGAUGGGCAGCCCCAGGUGGUGCGUGUACAUGGUGAGGAGAGAGAGCUCACUGUAGGGAAACUGGAGCCCAGGCACAAGUACAAGAUGCACCUGUAUGGGAUCCAUGAGGGGCAGCGCAUGGGCCCUGUGUCCAUCGUGGGAAUGACUGCUCCAGAGGAUGAAGUUAUGGCCACUGAAGCAGUGCCCACCACAGUCCCUGAAACUCCUCUCAAGCCACAUCUGGGGGAUCUGACAGUGACAGACACCACCCCUGACUCCGUGAGCCUCUCCUGGACAAUCCCUGAAGGACAGUUUGACCACUUCUUGGUCCAGUACAAGAACGGGGACGGGCAACCCAAGGUGGUGCGGGUGCCAGGGCACGAGGACCAGGUCACCAUCUCAGGUCUGGAGCCAGAUCAUAAGUACAAGAUGAACCUGUAUGGCUUCCACAGCGGCCAGCGUGUGGGUCCUGUAUCUGCCAUUGGGGUGACAACUGCAGAGGAAGAAACCCCUCACCCUACAGAACCCAGCACAGAGGCCCCAGAGCCUCCCAAGGAGCCACUCCUGGGCAAGCUCACAGUGACAGGAUCCUCUCCAGACUCCCUGAGCCUCUCAUGGACCAUCCCUCAAGGCCACUUUGACUCCUUCACUGUUCAGUACAAGGACAGUAAUGGGCAGCCCCAGGUGGUGCAUGUCAGGGGCGAGGAGAGGGAGACUAUCGUGGGGGACCUGGAGCCCAGGCACAAGUACAAGAUGCACCUGUAUGGGAUCCACCAGGGGCAUCGCGUGGGCCCCGUGUCCACCGUGGGAAUGACUGCUCCAGAGGAUGAAGCUAUGACCACUGGAGUGUCACCCACCACAACCUCUGCGCCUCCCCUCAGGCCACAUCUGGGAAAGCUGACAGUGACAGAUGCCACCUCUGACUCCCUGAGCCUCUCCUGGACAAUCCCUGAGGGACAGUUUGACCACUUCCUGGUCCAGUACAAGAAUGGGGACGGGCAGCCCAAGGUGGUGCGGGUGCCAGGGCAUGAGGACCAGGUCACCAUCUCAGGUCUGGAGCCAGAUCAAAAGUACAAGAUGAACCUGUAUGGUUUCCACAAUGGCCAGCGUGUGGGCCCAGUGUCUGCCAUGGGGAAAACAGCUACAGAGGAAGAGACUCCCAGCCCCACAGAACCCAGCACAGAGGCCCCAGAGCCUCCCAAGGAGCCACUCCUGGGCAAGCUCACAGUGACAGGAUCCUCUCCAGACUCCCUGAGCCUCUCAUGGACCAUCCCUCAAGGCCACUUUGACUCCUUCACUGUUCAGUACAAGGACAGUAAUGGGCGCCCCCAGGUGGUGCAUGUCAGGGGCGAGGAGAGGGAGACUAUCGUGGGGGACCUGGAGCCCAGGCGCAAGUACAAGAUGCACCUGUAUGGGAUCCACCAGGGGCAUCGCGUGGGCCCCGUGUCCACCAUGGGAAUGACUGCUCCACAGGAUGAAGUUAUGACCACCCAAGUAGUGCCCACCACAACCCUUGAAGCUCCCCUCAAGCUCCGCCUAGGGGAGCUGACAGUGACAGAUGCCACCCAUGACUCCCUGAGCCUCUCCUGGACAAACCCUGAGGGACAGUUUGACCACUUCCUGGUCCAGUACAAGAAUGGGGAUGGGCAGCCCAAGGUGGUUCGGGUCCCAGGGCACGAGGACCAGGUCACCAUCUCAAGUCUGGAGCCAGAUCAUAAGUACAAGAUGAACCUGUAUGGUUUCCACAAUGGCCAGCGUGUGGGCCCAGUGUCUGCCAUUGGGAUGACAGCUACAGAGGAAGAGACUCCCAGCCCCACAGAACCCAGCACAGAGGCCCCAGAGCCUCCCAAGGAGCCACUCCUGGGCAAGCUCACAGUGACAGGAUCCUCUCCAGACUCCCUGAGCCUCUCAUGGACCAUUCCUCAAGGCCACUUUGACUCCUUCACUGUUCAGUACAAGGACAGUAAUGGGCAGCCCCAGGUGGUGCAUGUCAGGGGCGAGGAGAGGGAGACUAUCGUGGGGGACCUGGAGCCCAGGCGCAAGUACAAGAUGCACCUGUAUGGGAUCCACCAGGGGCAUCGCGUGGGCCCCGUGUCCACCAUGGGAAUGACUGCUCCAGAGGAUGAAGCUAUGACCACCAAAAUAGUGCCCACCACAACCCUUGAACCCCCUCUCAAGCCACAUCUGGGAGAGCUGACAGUGACAGAUGCCACUCCUGACUCC